CAAAAAGGUGGUGAAGCAGCACCAGCACCGCGAGAAGGCGGGAAAGGCAGUGCAGCGGCACGGUGGCGGUAAGGUCAUGCGAUUGGGAGCAUGGCGCGGCCAGGGGUGGGCCGAGUUGUUGGCGCAGGGGCGGCGGCAGCUGCGAGGGGCUGGUGUUCCUGAGGUCGAGGUUGAUUUGCGUAUCAUGCGCGAACAUUGCCUGCAAUGCGAGGCAUCUUCCGUGGCCAGUACCCCCACCCGGCACCAGCGCAUUGUCUGGCGUCGUCUGCUCCAUCGGCGCGCGCAAAGAUAUCCCCUUCAAUAUACAAUCGGCCGCUGGCCCUUCCACGCCUGCGAGGUCGAUUUGCUGGUUCGGCCCCCGGUGCUGAUCCCACGCCCCGAAACAGAGGUGUGCCUUUACAAUUGCGCAUUUUCGCCGGAUCAGCUGCAUUUGCUACCACGCGCUGCCGCCAACCAAAAAAAGGGAUCUGCGGCUGCAUGCGUUGACUCAUCACCUCCUCGACAGUGGCUGGUAGACCUCGCUCUGGCGUCCCUUGAGUCCAACACACGCCACAUUGUUGAUGUGGGUGCAGGCACGGGGGCCAUUGGCUUGGCCCUGCUCUCAACUCGCCCAGGUGUUGAAGUCACCGCCGUAGAACCCCACCCUACCGCGCAAGCACUCAUCCGCCGCAAUGCUCAACGAUUGGGACUAGCAGAUCGCCUCCACGUUCUUUGCGGCAGGCUACAAGAUGUAGCCUUGGCUUGGGAUCAAGCGGACUUGAUCGUUGCCAACCUUCCAUAUGUACCAACCACACGAAGCUCAACAGCUGCCGAGGAGAUCAGACACGAAGAUGAAGGGGCCAUUUAUGCUGGCGAGGAUGGCCUGGCUCAGAUUGGGCCCCUCUUGCACCACAUCAAUGCUUCACUUGCACAGACAACCACCAAGCCUCAUCGUUUGACCACAGUCCUGCUGGAAACGGACAUUGCCCAUGAGCAACUGCUACCACGGUGGAUGGCGCAACACCAGCUGAGUUGGCUGGUCCAUGACGCCGUGCUCCCUGAUCAAUAUGGCCGACCACGCUUCCAUCGCCUUCGCGUGCGCACUGUGGCCUCGCCUCACACUCAAUAGAGACGUUUUGAUAGAAAAAUGACAGCACAUACAGGGCAAGCGGCAUGCGACCAGACAAUGCUAUCCGGCCCUAGGCACAAACAGUUGCUGCACGAUCAUGACCACCCUCCUUUUUGUUUCGUUUUUUCAGUUAGCGCGUGUCCUGCGCAAGAACAAUCAAUCUGUUGCC